UUCCCAAGAAUUCUCAUGCUCCAUCUUAAUUACCCUUUUAUACUAUUUUCUAAACCGCCACUUCAUCACACGCUAAGCAUAUGCUUCCUAAUAUUCUAACAAUUCUUUUGCUAUUAAAACCCCCCCGUACACCCCUUUCUCCCAUCUUCAUAAAUCACCACCAUAUCAAACCAACUCACAUUUUUCCAUUUGAAAAAAAAAAGUAUAUAUUAAUUUUUUUUUUUAAUUUUUUUUUUUUAACAUUAUGAAAUUUGGGAAGAGACUUAAGCAACAAGUUCAAGAUACUUUGCCAGAAUGGAGGGACAAAUUUUUGUCUUACAAAGAGUUGAAGAAACUGUUGCGACUUUUAUCAACGGCACCAACAUCGUUGCUAAAUGGUUCUUCAAUUGAUUAUGGAAAAGCUGAGGCUGAGUUUAUGUAUUUAUUGAACAAUGAGAUUGAUAAGUUCAAUGGUUUCUUCAUGGAACAAGAAGAAGAUUUCAUUAUCCGACAUAAGGAAGUACAACAAAGAAUCAAGAGAGUAGUUGAAUUGUGGGGUCCAAAUGGUAGUCAGCCUUCAGAAGCUGAUUAUAAGGAUGAAAUGGAAAAAAUUAGAAAAGCUAUUGUUGAUUUUCAUGGUGAAAUGGUUCUAUUAGUAAACUACAGCAACAUUAAUUAUACAGGGUUGGCUAAAAUUUUGAAGAAAUAUGAUAAAAGGACGGGAGGACUACUUCGUUUGCCAUUCAUUCAAAAAGUAUUGGAGCAACCGUUUUUCACAACUGACCUAAUUUCAAAACUCGUGAAAGAAUGUGAAACCAUAAUUGAUGCAGUGUUUCCAGCCGAGGAAGAAGCUGAAAGAGCGAAAGAAGCAAAAGAAGCUAUUGUAGUAGCAGGAGAAGGAAUUUUUAGAAACACGGUCACGGCUUUACUUACAAUGCAAGAAAUGAGAAAAGGUAGCUCAACACAAAGUGCAUUUUCUUUGCCUCCUCUCAAUUUGCCAGACUCUGAUCUCAUUCAAUCCAUACAACUUAAUGCAGCUGUUCCAAUUGUUUAGUAAUUCAAAUUGAUGAUGAUAGGGAUGGUGAUUUCUUGAUGAUUAUACUCACAAAAAUUUGAUCACAAAUUUGAAGUUAAAAUGGUGUGUAACACGUUUUGCAGGACACGUGCUAGUUAUGAAGGGGUAGAGUAGACUUUACUUCUUACUUUUUCUUGAUUAAACUCUUUUAGUAGUUUUUUUUUUAGUUUCUGGAGUUAAAACUUUGGACGUUCUGAUUAUUACUUUUUCGAUGUUUCUUAGCUUAUCAACCGAGUUUUUGCUCGGUAUAAACACAUGUUAGUUUAGUUGAUGUUAAUUUACAUUCCCUUUUGAUUAAGAAACAUGUGAAUUACUUAAGAUGAAAACAAAAGCCUUUCUAGGAUAAAUAUUAAGUCAUUAAUUAUUUUGGUAAUUUUUGGUUUGAUAUGGUCAAUGUAUUGGAUUUUCUACGGAGUUACAGAGAAAUUAAUAAAAAACAAGUAUUUGCCUGUUGCCCUGUUGGUGAUUUUUUUAGUCAGAAGAAAUGUAGCUUAUGUGACAUCUCUAUCUUUUUCGGAGAUAA